UAAUGCAUGCUUAAAGUUAGACCUCCUCGAAAGAGAGUUUAUAUGACGCUGCUGCAAACAUUCACGUUGUGUGAAAAGAGAAAACGUCACGUUUUUUUUUUCUUUAACAUUUUUUUCGAGGAGCACGUCUGUGCAGAAGAGAUAGCACGCUGCAUUGACGUGCGCCUCUUUUACUGAGUCGUUUCGAGCCUUUCAGAUCUGAUCUGGUCUGAAUUUCCACUCCGGUCGAGUAACAGGAUUCGGAAUCUGAGGAACAAUGCCUUUCCUCCACGGGUUUCGAAGGAUUAUUUAUGAGUACCAGCCGCUGGUAGAUGCCAUCAUGUGUGUGUUUGGACUGGAUGAAGGAGAUGAGAGAAGAGAAGCUGAGGAUGAGUCCAGCAUGUGCAGCGCUCUGGUCCGGCUGCUGGAGCGAGAAUCUCAGUCCGAGGUGUUCAAGGAAGGCAUCAACUACGCCCUGUUCAAGAUGGCCGAGCGCGGAAAGCUGGACGCCGUGAGGAUCCUGCUGCGCUACGGAGCUGAUCUGAACUUUGAAGACCCGGUUUCGUACUACAAUCCGCUUCACAUAGCAAUUUUGAGGAACAGGCCGAACGUCGUGACGCUGCUGGUUGAACACGGAGCCGACAUCGAAAAGAGAGACCGGAUCCAUGAAAGCAGCCCCCUGGACCUCGCCAGCGAGGAGUCCGAGAGGCUGCCCUGCCUGCUGACCCUGCUCGACCUGGGCGCUAACGUCAACUCCAGGGACAGACAUGGAAAAACACCUCUGCUCCACGCCUUGGCGAGCAGCGACGGAGUCACAGUGCACAACACGGACAAUAUCCGACUGCUGCUGGAGAGAGGUGCUGAUGUUAAGGCUGCGACUGAAGACGGAGAGACGGUGGAGUCCUCCUUGGUGUUCCUGGUGAAAGAGGCUCUGCAGGCCAGUGAGGACGACGCCGCUCAGAUCGGCAACUUCUGUCUGAAAACCACCCGGCUGCUCCUGGCUCACGGAGUGGACCCCAGCUGCUGCCUGAACGACUGCGAGCCCUCUCUGACUCUCACCAGCCUGGAGCACUUCGACCUGCUCUUCCCUCUGGCCGUCCUUCUCAUCCAGAGCGGAGCCUCUUUGGUCUGCUCCAGCAACGGCGAUCCCUGUUGGUCGGCUUACAGAACGAUCAUGCAGCGGCUCCAGACGGCCCUGCGGAGCUGCCCGGAUCAAAGCCGCGCCGCCGAGCUCGUGGAGCAGGCGGAGGAGCUGCUGGACCUGGUGAGGGUGAACGUCCCCGCGCUGCACCUCUCUCUCCAGCUGGAGCUCCCGCUGCCCGCUCGGGACUCGCACCCGUACGCUCAGGCCGUCCUGGACCUGCACGGCCGCGUGCUGCAGCGUGAGGCCAGCCCGCCGGCCCUGGCCUGCCUCUGCAGGGCUUUCAUUAGGAGACGGCUCCACCCGCGGCCUCUGGAAGACGGGGUGAAGGCUUUGCCUUUACCGGACAGACUGAAGGAGUAUCUGCUCUCCGAUCACAUGUACACCCCGAGGCCUGGCUGGGACCGCUUCAAGCCCCACCAGAACGCGUACUGAUAACACUGAAUCCCGGAUCAUUGUUGUGUUGAUUAUUAUUCAAAGUGAAUGAAUGAAAUUGUUCAAACUGACCAUUGAGGCCUUCAUUAAAUUAUCAUUUUUUUUCUCUGUGCCAGAUUUCCAGGCAAAUGUGUGUAAGUUUACUCUAAGAUACAACGUUGUGUACUGUGUAUAAAACUUGCUGUUUGGAUUGUAAUUUUUUUUUAUGUGAAUAAAUUAUUGUGC